AUGGACCGAGGUAUCUGUGACUUGUUGUGCCUCAAACCCAGCGCGAAUACCGACGAAGACGACGGACGAGACCAAGCAAAGAGAAGCAAGCGAUCGUGCAACAAGCGACAACAGCGCUAUCGCGCAAAGCAGCGAUCGUACGUAGAAAGGCUUGAGACGACUGUGAAAUAUCUUCGCGAGAAUGUGGAUCAGCAAGCAGAUAAUUGUCGGGAUGUCUGGCGAGCACGUUUCUGUGAUGUUCAGCCAAAUGUGUCGAGCCAGAGGAAUAUGAUGAGUGCCAGUGACGUAGUGACCGCCAUGUGUGAGUGCAUGAAAGCGUUUGGUUGUUGUGUCCAGGCUGACCGGGUGAGACAUUUGAAGACAUUGGUACGGAGUGAUGUACACAAUGGCGAUCUCGUCGGUCGUGACAGCAUUCUCGCGCAAUGGAAACGGCUUGUUUCUCAUUUCAGUGACGUUGUGCCCGUGGUGAAGGAUUCUUGCGUGAAAGUGAACUUUGUGGAUCAUACUACUGCGAUCGGGCACGUGACUGCGUUGCUCGAGCUGCGGCUGACUCGUCGAAAUUUGGCCGCCAUUUUCCCCUAUACUGUCACUGACAUGACUGUACGCGACAAGUUACUGGUAAGCCCGCUCGUGCUGAUGCCAAUGGCUGUCUUUUUCCAAUUUGACGAGCAAGGCAAGAUCAGUCGCUAUGAUCACUACGUCGACUUUGUAACUGGGCUUUAUGAGGUGCUUCGUGAUUACCGGGACGUGGCGAGUAUGUUGAAGUCGGCCAAUAUCGACGCUUCGGGACAAAUUCGUGAUGAUGAACCCGCGGUCGCGAUAAGUCAGCUCGUCCGCUGUGAUCGUCACGUUCGUAACAAAGCCGCGUCGGAGUGUCCCAACAAGCUCUCAGUGCGUUAUCUGCUGUCAAACGGCGACACUGAUGAGCAGAGAGCAUCAUAA